GGAAAUGCAGGCUGCUGGUGUUGGACGUAUCUCCGCCGCUGAGCUUGGAUAAAUCAAACAAAGACAGUUCUUUUUGUUCCUCAGUGAUAACUAUUACUAAGAGGGUUGCUUGAACUUGGCGAGAAUGGUCGCAGCAAGCCCGCAUGUCUGACCGAAACAUUCAGCUAGCAAGCUAGGCUAACAGAAACAGAACACUAUCGGCGCUAAUGCUAAUUAGGCUAAAAUAAGCUAACUUGGCUAGCUGGUGACUUAGCUAGCUAGCUCGCCCAUUGCAGGACGUUUGUUCUUCCAGGUCCUCUGCCCGUUCGGCGGCUCCUGUCCCGGUCUCGCCUUGUCUUGUUUUCAUCUCACGGAGGAGGUUGCGGAACUGGAGCUGUGGCGGGGGGUGCGUAUGGAUAGGAACCCCCUGGCUAUCCAGGCGGACGUAUCACAGUGACACGCCGGUCGUUGGAGAGAGCAUAUUGGAACCAUGGCAGAACUCUCGACCCUAUCCCCAUCACCACCUGCACUGGGUGAUGCUCAUGCAGCUCCAUCCAUCCCUCCGUCCUCAUCAGCGCUCCCUGCUACCAACACCCCUGCUCCAGAGUCUGUCAGGGAGAUGCCUAUACCCAAGCCUUCACUCAACAAUGACAAAGCUUUAACUGGAAACACUCCUGCUGCGCAGUCAGGGGAUUCACCUUUGAACCCCCACCCACCCUUAAGUACUCCCAAACUCACUGCUGAGAACCCCCUCACUUUAUUGGUACACGAGGCUGCUUCACAGAGAGAGGAAUCAGCAGGGAAAGAUACAGAGACUGGAGCUCAUGCUGUUAAGCAGGGGGCAAUGACCUCUGACCCACCAGCUGCAGAGCUCUUGAAUACUGAAACAGAGACCCUAGCACUGUCAAGUGAGCCGCUAGCUCAGAGUGAAGUGCAACAGGCAUCCCCCUCUCCUGAACUCAACCCUGGUCCUAAUCUCUACCCCAAUGUGCACGUCACCCACAAUCCAAAUCCUGUCAUGGAUGAAGGUCAAUUUACAGUGGGCCAGCCCCAAAUUGCUACAGCUUCCAAUCCCACGCCCACUCCGCCAGCCUCCACUGAUACGACAGCAUCAGCAACAGCUGAAGAAGAGAAACCUCAGCCACUUCAACAAGCACAAAACCCUCAAAGUCAGCCUCCUCCACCUCUCUCCCCAAAGCCUAACACUCCCAGCGAGGAAAAGAAAGCAGAACUGCCCAGCAGCCCCACCAGAGCCGAACACCCCAGCCCCACUGUGCCACUGAUCCAGGAGCCAGCGUGUGCCCCCCCGCUGCCCAACCCCAACCCCCGGCCAGCUCCUGACACCCUCAGCUACCUAGAGUCAGCCAGCCUUAUGUCCGGGACAUUGGAGUCUCUAUCUGGGCUGGGAGAGGAUGGCAGCUCUGUGGGCUCAGACUCAGAGAUCAAUGGCAUGGCUGUCAGACGCACUGAUAAAUAUGGCUUCUUGGGUGGGAGUCAGUACAGUGAAAGCGGUGAAAAGGAAGUUCGAGUUGAAGUCGCGAGGCAGAGGGAGGUAAAAUGGCUCGAUAUGUUCCACCAUUGGGAUAAAUGGGUCAAACAUCGCUUCCAGAAGGUGAAGUUGCGCUGCAGGAAGGGGAUUCCAUCUUCUCUCAGAGCCAAAGCCUGGCAGCUGCUGUCCAACAGCCAAGAGCUCAUAGAAGCAAACCCCGGAAAAUUUGAGGAGCUGGAGAGAGAGCCGGGAGAAGCUAAAUGGCUAGACAUUAUAGAGAAGGAUCUCCACAGACAGUUCCCUUUCCAUGAGAUGUUUGCUGCUCGUGGUGGCCAUGGGCAGCAGGAUCUGUACCGGAUCCUGAAGGCUUACACCAUCUACCGGCCUGACGAGGGCUACUGCCAGGCGCAGGCUCCAGUGGCUGCAGUGCUGCUCAUGCAUAUGCCCGCUGAGCAAGCCUUUUGGUGCCUCGUCCAGAUAUGUGAGAAGUACCUUCCCGGCUACUACAGCGCUGGACUGGAAGCGAUUCAGCUGGAUGGUGAGAUCUUCUUCUCCCUGUUGCGGCGUACGUGUCCGAUGGCGUACCGUCAUCUCAAGAAGUUCAAGAUUGACCCGAUUCUCUACAUGACUGAGUGGUUCAUGUGCAUCUUCUCACGCACCUUACCAUGGGCUAGUGUACUGCGUGUAUGGGACAUGUUCUUCUGUGAAGGGGUGAAGAUUGUGUUUCGUGUGGGCCUGGUGCUACUGAAACAGAUGCUCGGCUCUGUGGAUAAACUUCGGGAACUACAGGGCAUGUAUGAAACCAUGGAGCGUCUAAGGAACAUCUCGCCUGACACUAUCAGAGAGGACAUAUUGGUACAGGAGAUUAUCACGCUCCCGGUGACAGAGGCGCUCAUAGAGAGGGAGUGCAGCAUCCAGGUGAGGAAAUGGAGGGAGUCCAGGGGGGAGCUGACACACCAGCCAGUCCGCCGCCUCCACGGUACGAGGGCCAUCUAUGAGCACAAACGCCGUGCCGCCUCCAUCAGCUCCGGCGGCAGCUUCUCUUUCCUGGGAAGCCCGAUCCCUCCUCCAGGACCCCUCAGGGCCUCCUCCAGCCUCCUCUCACUGCCUGGAUUCCGCAGGUCCAAGGCUCCUUUCCACUCCCAAACCAAGAAAGGCUCCUUCUCAGGGCCGUCAGGAAUGGAGAGCCUGCAGCAGCAGUCCCGACCUGCAGUAACAUCAAGCCCGGAAAUAGGCCCCAGUCACAAACCACCCAUGCCUCCAGGGGCGGGUCAGAAGGCACCCCACAUUCAGAGCCCCUUAGUCGGGGCUAUGGCAGGCUCAUCACGUGGGCCCGCUCCAGUCUCAGAAGACACCUCAGCACAGGGCCAGCCUCCUGCCUCGGCCCCAACACAAAGCACAGCAUCACCGCCCAGCACUCUGUCCCCUUCCCCUAAAAUCGUCUCUGAGCAAAUUACUCACACUAUACCCUCUCCUACAGCAAACAAUGCUCCUCUGCCACCAAUUCCAGAUUCAAAAAAAGAAGCGGCGCCAGUGGCUGUCGCCCCAACCGGAGAGGAAGAGACAAAGAAGAAGAAGAAGAGCAAAGAAGACAAAAAGAAGGAAAAGGAAGAUGAGAAGAAAAAAAUGAAGGAAAAGAAAGAGAAGGAAAAGGCUGAAAAAGAGAGGCUAAGGAAGGAGAAGGAGAGGCUAGAAAAGGAGAAGAAGAAAGGGGGGAAGAAAAAAGACAAAGGGGGGGGAGAAGCUGAGGACAAAAAUGGAGCCGCAGCAGCAAGAGAUUCGGCCUAGAUUUUUCACCCUGUCAUUCCAGGAUAAUGAAAAGGGACAUUGGACAAAAAAGAGGUCAGGGGAACAAAAGACCCCCCAGAAACAGAAAGAGUGAUUAAUAAAAAAAAAAAAAUGGGAUGGCUUCCUGUAUAACGCAUCAUUUCAAGGACUUAAUGUAGUCCCCGGACUAUGGUGGAGCAAACUGGAUCUUGGUUUUAAUAGCACCUCGGGGGGCAUUUUGCCCCUUGCUCAAUGCUUUCUUUUUCACCAAGAUUAAGAUGGGACAAAUUUCCUUUUUCAACUGGAGCACGGACUGUGAAUCCGAUUACAGUCAUAAUCUCGUUUAGUUUUUUAAAGUUCUUAAUUUUUAUUUUCUCUUUGAUUUUUGUUUUAAUCAUAUUGAAGGCAGUGGUUAGAGAACCAUUCACUCAAGGGACUGUUGAAUGAAGUGACAUAGUUAAGGUGCAAUAGAGUAUGUAAAUAAAAAGUCCACCUACAGUACAUAGUAUCCUGUUAGCGCUCCACAUGCCCCGUCAUUUCUCAUCUGUGGACAGGUUGUCCAGGCGCCUGUGUCAAAACAAAAACAAACAGGCACUGAAGGCAGAAAUGCUAGUAACGUUGUUGAGGAUGUAUUUAUUGUCUUGUUAAAUGUUGUGAGUGAGUGUGUGCCUUAGUAGUGUAGUGAAAUGUGUUACUGUUCUAUGUGUGGCCUCCCUGUUUUCAGUCUCCCUCUGGCUGCUUUUUUCUCUCAAGUCAAACCGUUGAAUCCUUUGUGGUUCUUCCCAAAUUCUUCUGUCAGUGGAAUAAACCUGAAGGGGGAACUGGAGGGAUGUACACAGAUGAAAAGAGGGGAGACAAGUGAGCAUACAGCCGGACACCAUGCUGUGGUGGCUGUUUUUUUUUUUAACUAAUCAUUUGUGUGUUUGCUCUUUUUGUCUCUGACAAAACGACACACAGGGAGCAUUUUAUUGUUUUUAUUUCUAUUAAUUUACUUUAAAUUUCAUGCGUCUACGGAUUUGCAAAAAGCAGGGUGCAACAAUAUUGAUAAACUGGUUGCGUGAAAACAUGCAACACCCAGCAGUGACCUUGCACGAGUCCUGCAAACCAAAUCUGUAAAAAAAAAAAAAAAAAAAAAAAAAAAUUUUUAUUAUUUUGCUUUUUAUUUGCGAACAAAAUCCUAUGUGUGUGUUUUAUUUAGCCAAAUUUAAGCAUGGGUGAGAACUUGUGUUCACUAACCCAUUAGAAUGUGAUUUCAAGUAUCUUAAGAGAAUGAAGGAUGAUUUUUGCACUUGUGAUUCUGUCACAAUGUAUCACUGAAGUCGACCACUCCAUUAGUGCAGUGACGUAGAAAAGUCUCAACAGGAUGGUUUCUUGGUUUGAAACCUGCGCCUCGAGGACCUAUAGGAAGCCACUUGACUGGAGGUGCCAGGUGUGCCAAUGUAGCAUUAACCUCUGAUCUUUGACCUCCGGGCUCUGAUGUAUUUAUGUACAAAGUGGUUAAUUUAAUCAAAUAUAGUAUAUUAUGAAUUACUAUUAUUAUUAUUUUGGAUCUGACUAUUUUUCUAUGUGAGUAAAAGACACCUGGUUGACUGGAACGAUGGCCGACUACACAUGGUGUAGUUGCAGGGGGAUCAUUUAAGUGUUUUUUUUUUAAAAAUGUUUUCUUUUUUUCUUUGCACGCUAAGUCCUCUGCUUUUACACAACAGACUCGACGCAUGUCUUUACUAUUAUUUAAGUUUACUGUCACCGUUGGUUUGGUCAACUAUAGGUUCACGAGUCUCCAGUUUACUGAAGUGCAGUAUUAAAUAGAGUUGAGUGGGAAAAACGGGCCUCCGACAGAACAAACAGUGAGACGAGUGUUCAGACAGAAGCUUUGGGAGUUGAAGGUCUUAAUUGUACUGUAUAAUAUACUAAGAGGUGAUUUUGAACUUUGAAUAGUUCUUUAAUUCGAGAUCGUAAGUAUGUCUGUCUCACCAAAUGGUGUUGUAACAUUGAUAAUGACUUAUGGACUAACUCCCUAACCUAUGUACACUCAGUGUUCUGUACUGUAACAUAUUUAUACAUACAUUAAACUGCACUGAACCCCAUCAGUAUACGAUGAAUAGUGCCAGGUAGUUAGUGUAAAACCAUUUGAUGGCAAAAAAACAUUGAUGCUCUUUAGCUGUACUGUUUUUGUAGUUGAGGAUUAGAGGGACUUUCGUGUAAUUGUAGCCAACAUGUCCUACAUAUUCAUUGUUUUUCACCUAUUUCAGGUCUUUACAGCGCUGUCAUUUAAUUAUAUAUUGAGAUCACACACUCCCUCCCUCCCUUUAUUUUGACGCCAGUGCGUUCAUAGGUGCAGAUUAGUGUAGUGUUAGUGAGGACAGGCCUGAACACAUCUAUGCAAACCAUCCGCCAUCAUGUGUGUUGAUGGUGCGUGGUGACAGCAGCACUGAUUUCACCUCUGAUCGUGAUGAUCAGAUUGGUGCCACGGGAAAAAUGAACCCUGUGCUUCAGUAUUUAUGAGCACACUUUCAUGCCUGUGGACUACAAUAUUGUAGGAGCAAUACGUCCUCGCAGCUCAUGUUUCGACGAUAAUAAUCAUUUCUCUUCUUUCAGAGGGCUCCAGGUGACGUGAUGAUCAAAAUAAUCUCUCUUUAGCUUGUAGAAUUGGCACGUAGUGCUGCAAUAUUGAGGACGAAUGAAGAAAUCCAUUUCUUUCAGGUCCUUUGUGCAUUUCUGCAUUGGUCCUGAGACGGUUGUUCUUGCUUACAGUUGAUUGGGAAUGACUACCCACUAAUGCAAACUAUGAAGAAGAGUUUCAGCUGUUUUUUCUCCUCACGCCGUUACGUCUUUUUGUGUUUUUAAGUUUACAUUGUCACUCUCUCUGGCGAAAGUGAAAUAAAAUCAUAGCUAAUUGAAUUCAUUCCUUCAGAUCUACAACUGAUGUAUUUAAUUGAUGAUGAUAAUAAUGACAUUUGUGAUGAGUAAUAAACCAUAAUAUAUUAAA